CUUACAACAGGGAAGGGGAGGGUGGCGAGCAUACGGUCAACCCCGUUCAAAGAACUGAGAAGAUAGUUGCUGCUGAAAUUCUGGAGGAUAUCGGGGCUGACUGCAGGAGGUCAAAAUGGGAUUCAUCUUUUCAAAGUCAAUGAAUGAAAAUAUGAAGAGUCAACAGGAAUUCAUGCUGAUGAACUCUAGACUCCAGCUGGAAAGGCAACUCCUGAUGCACAAUCAGAUGCGAGAGAGGCAGAUGGCUAUGCAAAUUGCUUGGUCAAGAGAAUUCCUCAAGUACUUUGGGGUGUUUUUUGGACUUUCAGCUGUGGGUCUUACAGCUGGGGCUAUUAAAAAGAAGAAGCCUGGACUUUUCCUUCCGAUGGUUCCUUUAAGCUUUAUACUUGCCUACCAAUAUGAUAUGGGUUAUGGAUCACUUUUACAAAGAAUGAAAGGUGAAGCAGAGAACAUACUUGACACAGACUGCUCUAUGCUAGAAAUGCCAAAAGGACCCCUCACUUUUGAAGGCCUUGAAAAAGCCAGAAGAGCACAGAGCAAGUUUUUUAUUGAAAGAUAAUUUCCUUGCACAUCAGUGCUGCAGAGAACAAAGACACGUAUUUGUAAUCAUGUUGCUGACUUAAAUGAUAUGAUUCAACAGAGCCCCUUCAAAAGGGCUAGAAGCCUCUCAUUAAUCAGGUAUUUGAUGGAAAAGGGGAUCAGGGGAUGACUGACCCUGGCCAUCCCCCCCCUGAAGAGUUUAAUUUUUUAUGAGUCUGCAUGUACCCCAGCUGUUUGGAUCAGAGGGACUAUUGCACACAUAUAACUCCUAGUUAGAUCUGAGUGAAAAUGUUUUUUGAAUUAUUGGAAUGGUCAGAAUACAAUGUGCUUUAUGGAAUAAAACUGAUUGUUUUUCUUCAUAUUUGCCUUUAUAUUUUAUAGGUGCUACAGAACAUCUUCCUGAACUUGUAAAUGUCAUCAGUGCCUUGUUUUCAGUGCAUGCAUUACAAUGGUUUUCAAAUAGUGUUUGUCGGCUCCUGUGAGGACUGGGGGGCACCUGGAGGGAGGAUGCAAAGUUCCUGGGGAUCCUGGAACAGAUAGUGCCUUUCAACCCGCAUCCAGGAUUUGGGUAAACUGAACACCUUCCAGUAAUCGAUGCCUCUAAUCCACUUUAGAUUUGUGUGGGUUCCUGUACACUUAAGCCCUCUACACAUGACCCUUCCGUAUUGAUUCGACAAGUGGAGAGCAGGAGCAGGCACUUUGGGAAAACAACAUAUCUGAUCAUAGGGAGAGAGUGUACAUUUAGACACUUCCUCUGUUCACACACAUGCUGUGCUCACGAGCCAGCAAUGGCACAAGGUGGAUCAGUGACCACUCGCAUGGCAAGGGUUUUACUGUCCCAUCAUUCUAAUGAGGUUUGGAAAGAACUGCAGCUUUUUAUAUUUCCCUGCAUGUCGCUUUAGGAAGUGGGUCAGAGAUAAGUACUUCUGUUCCUCAUUGAAUGUCAGUUUGGAAUUACUACCCCAAUAGAUUCCUGCAUAAAAGCAGGAGGCUGUAUUCACAAGACUGGUUUCUUGUCCAUCCUUGAGUUAAUCUUUAGCAUGGAUGAUUGGUGCUGUAUUAGAGGCUCUAAAACUGGGGUAUCAAACUAAUUUGUUAUGAGGGACAUAAAUGAGACCUUAUUGGGC